CGGUGAUAAGUGUGUGGUGUAACACCUACCUAGUGCAGCUCUCUCGUGUGAUAUAUUUUGAGCAUCGAGUCUGUGCGAUAUAACGAAAAUCAUCUCGCAGCCGAGAUUCAAAACCAAAAACGGCGUUACGUAAAGUGACAUCGUUCUUUACUGGACUUUCAAACAAUAAAAAGAUCAAUAGAACAGAAUAACUUAUAGGCUACGAAAUGACCGAUACAAAUAGAAACGUGGUUGACGCUUUUAAGGACCUCUUGCGCCAUCUAGCGGAUGAUAGGAGAUACGAAGACGCGACGCAGCAGUUUUCUCUAUUGAAAACAAACGGCGACCGUGUACAGUUCGUCCACGGGCUACUAGAUGGUUAUAUGCUUUUCCCGGCUUUUUUAACGGACAAAAAGAGUGACGCUAUUGCUUUUGCUUUACGACAAAGAGGAAAUGAAAUGUUCAAACGGAGGAAUAAUAAAUUAGCGUUGGAUUUGUAUACAGAGAGUUUAUGUUAUGCUGAAAAAGAAUCAGAAAAUAAGUCUUUGGCUUUUGCUAACAGAUCAGCGGUUUUAUUCGAAAAGGAAAUGUAUACGGAGUGUUUGAUGGAUAUUGAAAGAGCUUUGAAUCACAAUUAUCCAGACCAUUUGAAACCAAAACUGCUGAAUAGGCGUGAAAAAGCAGAGCUCCUAGAAACAACACAAGCCAAUCUACAGUAUCAUCAACCGUUACCAGAAAUUCCAGAAGAUUCCAGGAAUAGCCAUAUCGACUGCGCUAGCAAAUCGAUCUGUAUAGAAUCCACCAAAGAAAAAGGCAGACACAUAAUUGCUACUUCUGAUAUCCACAUAGGCGAUAUCAUAGCAAUAGAAAACCCAUUUUGCUGCAUGCUAAUCAACGAACCGUUCUGUCACUGCCACGAAUGUCUCAGACUCUGCUACAAUCUGAUACCUUGUGGGUACUGCACUCAAACUUUAUAUUGCAGUGAAGAUUGCCGAGAAAAUGCACAACUUUAUCACCAAUACGAGUGCAAAAUUUUGAAGACACUCAAGGCUUUGCAACUAGACAAGAUGAAGCUACUGCCUCUCAAACUUGCUCUAGUUGCUAAACAAAAUUACAAACAGAUAGGAGAGUGGAAGCUAGAUGCCUCAGAUGCCAAGGAAGAGAAAUACCACUCUGAUAGAUACAAAGAAGUGCAUCAUUUAGUGGGUAAUACAGAAAGCAGGUCUGUAGCUGACUUAUUCGCAAGGGCAACAACUGGUGCCAUAAUUUACCAACUGGUGAAGGUGCAUACAAACUUUUUCGAAGGAGAAGAAGAAGAAAGUAUUUUCCGGGAGCUGAUUUUGUUGCAUCUGCAAACUGCUGCGUGCAAUUUUCAUGAGGUAUCAGAGUUUGUUGAGAAGGAUAGCGAGAUAAGUCAGGAGGAGAUAGGUGCUGGAGCAUAUUCCUUUUUGAGUUUGUUCAAUCACAGCUGCAGUCCCAACGUCGUUAGGCACUGUUAUGGACCUAUUAUCGUCCUCAGGGCUAUUGAAAAUAUCAAGAAAGGAGAGGAGUGUUACGACAACUAUGGCUAUCACUACGCAUUGAUGUCCAAACCGGAACGACGUAUCAACUUGAAACAGCAGUACUUCUUUGAAUGCAGCUGCACAGUCUGCUUGGACGACUGGCCACUGUUGGAGCACUUGCCCAUAGUAAAAACGGAUAUUGGGAUAGACGAAGAAGAUUUGUCGCUUCUACGCAAAGGCGAUUUGAAGUGCAGCAGAAGAGUUUUAAGGGAGAUUUUGCCUAGGAUGGGGGAACUGGAGGAACUGAGGCCUAACAGGAAUCAUGCUGAGAUGCAAGAGGUGGUCAAGCAAUGUUUUGCUUGUUUUGGGAAUGUAAGAAGAACAUUUUGAUGAAAUAAAUUAUGCGAUUGAGAAUCAUCAGUUUUCC